AUGGCGCGCGGUGCAUACCUAACGAAAACUGCUGAAGAGCAGAACUUACACGCGCCUAAAGACGAACUAGUGCACAAUAAAAAUAAUAUAAUAAAAAAAGAUUUCCAAGAAAUGCUUCUACCAUUAGACAUUUUAUCAAACAUAUUUUUCCAACAGAAAUACCACAUUCGUCAAAAUCGUAUAACUCCAAAUGGAAAAAUUUCAAAUGUCAUUGUGUACAGUGCUUGGGUGAUAUUUAUGCAUGCUCUUUUAUAUGUCUACAAAAUUAUAUAUCUAAGCAAAGCACUAAACAACUACAGCGAUCACAAACAACAAUACAUAUUAAUAGUGUCGGAUAUUGUUAUUGCAACUUGGAUGCUGAAGAAUUUCAUACUCCUCAGCGUACUUUGUUAUGAACAUGAAAAGUUUUACAGAAACGUUAAUGAUGCUCAACUAAUUUGUUUGCUACUGUUGAAGAAACAGAUCUGUUCAGAUAAUUACUGUGAAGUUAGACAGCCACAUUGA